GUACACUACGGCCUCACGCUAUUCUAAUUCCCGGCACGCUUUUUAGCACCUGGAACCCACUCGGGAAUUUGUCAUCUAGGCUUGGUUCUCCCCUUGGCAUUCUCUCCACUCGCAGCAAGCCAUGGAGGUUGUGGGUUCAGUUAUGGGGAGUGAGGCAUGGAUUGGAGCCGACGCAACGCAGCCCGACAGUGUGUUUCACGAGAGAGCGGCCUCGUUUGUUGCUACGGUCAACUGGGAUGCUCUCCUAUCCAUUGCAUCGCAUCUCAGGUCUGGGAUGCCAUGCAAGAUCAGCGAUAAAUUCUCUGUAGGCCAAUUCAAUAUGGUGCGGCGAAUCAUCUUCGACGACGAAGUGAGCUGGGUCGCCAGGCUCAGAAUGCCGCCUGUCUCCGCAGUGCCCACGGACAGAGAAGCUGCAAGUGUUGCAACGGUCAUUGAUAUUGAGGUGGCAGGCAUGAAGUUCAUCAGGGCCAAAACCGAUUUGCCAGUGCCUGCAGUUCACACAUACAACACUGAGCAGCACAACGCCGUAGGCGCUCCGUAUAUCUUGAUGGAUUAUAUCCACGGCACCGUGGCAUCCGAGCUGCGGCUUGCGAAAGACUGUGCCCUUGGUCGUUAUGGCACCCCAGAGCAAGACCAUAACUUCAGGCGUGAGAUGGCCACAAUUCAGGCCGUCCUUGCAACUUUCACAUUCGACCACAUAGGGAGCGUGUAUCAAGAUCUAGCCACGGGGGAAUUCUAUAUAGGCCCGGAUUUUGAGACAAACAAAGGCCCUUGGACGCGUUCGUCGGACUAUUUUGCCGAUAUCGCCCAACAUUGCCUCCAGGUAUGUGUCAACAAUGCAGCGCCCGAGGUCCUGGACAGCGCAUCAUUCGCAUUGCCAAUCGUCUUCGAGCGCUUGAUGAACGUAUUCACCAGCGACGGUGGUUCUGGUGGAGACCCAGCAGCACCUUUCUGUCUUACAAACAGAGACUUGGGCCCUCACAAUCUCCUUGUGGACGAAGAGUUUCGUAUAGUCGGACUGAUCGACCUGGAUGGUUUGAUGGCGGCCCCAAUUCAUGUAGCUGCUCAAUUCCCUGUCCUGGCAGGGCUGGACCCUGAGCCGCCUGGCCACGUUGAGACCAAACCAUUUGCCCUUGAGCGAAUCAAGAGGACAGAACCACUGAUAAGAGAAUACCACGGCAUGAUCAAAGAAAUCGAGCAAAGCUCUCAGUCGUCAAGCCGCAAACUUUGGGAAGUCAUGUUCUCUAAUGGUGCGCGAGUUGUCCAGGGCUUGAACCUGUACAAAGGCCUCCAAAAGCAUGCCAACGACAACUGGAUGAACGCAUACACUCGUCUUCUCGUUGAGCAUUAUACCUCCAAUGGCAGCAGCACGGCUAAUGUGAAUGAAGGAGGAGCUGGUAACUGAAUCUUUGAAAACAACCCAAGCGCGUUGCCUUCAUUCCUGUAUUAUCACAUUGCCCCUUCGCAUGUUCACGAGUCGUCAUAGAUGAAUAGCCUUCAAUGUCCUGAGAUUAUACUAUCAAAUAAAUGAUCGGUCAGUCACCCACUGCCAUGCCAUCUGGACCUGCGACUUUGCUUCA